AACACAAUAUUAAGUAAUAGAAUACUUGAUUAGCUAAAAUAUUAUAAAAUCUAAUCAUAAAAGAUUAUGUAAACUGUAAGCUGGGCAGCUACAUACACCACAUGAAGAAGCUUAGUAAAAAAAAAAGUUCUUAUCUCUUUCACUGCAUUGAGCUUUUCAUAUGUUGGGGCUGUAGAUGGGUAACGUUCUCUGCUUAUGUGCCUCCAUUUUAUAAAUAAUUCGCAUGUUUUAUCGUAUUAUUCUUCUGAGAUUUUUUAUAUGCAGCUUGGAGAUCUGUAAGCUCUUUGUUAACCUGAUAGUUUCUUUUCAAUUUUAAUGAAUGCUAUGACCGAGACCGUUCUGCCAUCUAUUGGUCGUGUGCGGCUUACUGAUUUGAUAGCAGUUGAGGGGCUUCCUUCAGAAUCAUACAAAGUUUCUAUAUCAACGUUGACACAAUCCCUUGCUCAGUAUUCUGCUGCAAUCAUUCAGCUGCCCAUUGCUGAUGGUGCUCUUUUAAGAUCCAGUCUUGAAUCAGCCCGUCUUUUUUUUCACCAAAGAGCAUACUCCCCUGCUGAGAUGGCUCACACUAGUGACUCCCGUGAGUGGUGUAAGACCUCUGGUUAUUAUGCAGAUCCUCAGUAUUGGCAGGAGACUUAUGAUUAUAGGCCAGGAUUUACUUCAGCUGAUUCAAAUAGUUCUAUGGAACUUCCUCCAGCUGGUUUGUCUGAUAUAUUUGCAUUGCUUGGAAAGGCUGCUCGACAUAUCUUGGAUGCUAUAAGUUUUUCUUUGAACUUACGCAGCUUCUCAUUCACUGAAAUUCUUGACAACGUUCCUCUAAGGGGUCGAGAAAUAUCUUCCUCAGUUCUUUCAGUAUGCUGUCACUCAAGGCCUUCUUUCCAAGGUGCACAACACCAUGCCUUAACUGCAUCGGAUGAUGGACAAUUGGUCAUGUUCUCAGACCAAGAACACCAUGUAGAAAAGAGUUUAAUCACACUUGUCAAAUCAGAUAGGGCAGGCUUGCAUAUAAAGGACUUUCAUGGUAGAUGGUUACUUGUUGAUGGGGACCUUGGUCCCCAAGAUGCUCUUGUGUAUCCCGGGCUUGCACUUUACCAGGCAACUGCUGGUUAUGUAAGUCCAGCUUUUCACAGAACUGACGUAGGUAACAUGGAUGGCAAUAUGUACGGGCGUUGUUCUAUUACUUUCAAGCUAAUGCCAAAAUCCAUGGCGAGUUUCAAUUGUUCAGAGAUGAGAGCAGCAGGCCAUGGUGUUGAAGCUCAAUUUCAGCUACCCAUUCCAGUUGAUGACUUUAUGCAAAGAACGCACCCUACAGAUCAACUCCUCACAAAAAGUAUUUUCCCAAGCUAUAGUUUUCAGGCGGAACAAGAUGG